AAUCUUCAUUCAAUUCUCAAAUUUUCAGUGAAGCAGACGUUGCGAAAGAAUCUCCCAAUCGAAUCUUCAAAAUUCAACGUUCAAGAGUUUCCGCAAGAAAAACCAAAAAGAGAAAAGUCGAGAGCCUCACAGAAUGAGCUUCAGCAACCGUGAAACCGUAUCCGUCCAUAUCGGCCAAGCCGGAAUCCAGCUGGGAAACUCGAUUUGGGAGCUGUACUGUCUAGAGCACCAAAUUGACCGCGAUGGGAAACCGGAAAUCGACGAUACCAAUAAUUUCUGUGAAACAUUUUUCCGACGAACGGAAGCCGAUCGCUACGUUCCACGGGCAAUUCUGGUCGACACGGAACCUUCGGUUGUGGAUCAGGUGAGAAAAGGCCCGUUCCAGCAGCUAUUCCAACCGGACAAUCUUAUCAGUGGAAAGGAGGACGCUGCGAACAAUUUCGCCCGAGGUCAUUUCCACAUCGGCAAGGAGCUUCUCGAGGGAACAAUGGAAGUAAUCCGAAGAAUGGCGGAAGAAUCAAACAACUUGCAGGGAUUCUUCCUGUUCCAUUCGUUUGGCGGUGGGACUGGUUCGGGAUUCACAUCGUUGCUGACGCAACAGUUGGCGGAUGAGUUUAUGAAAAAGUGCAAACUGGAAGUGGCCAUCUAUCCGUCGCCACACAUUUGCACUAGCGUAGUUGAACCGUACAAUUCCGUUCUCACUACCCAUCAAUCGAUGGAUCACACAGAUUGUACCUUCCUCGUGGACAACCAGGCAUGCUAUGACAUUUGCAACAAUAGGUUAAACGUAGAUCGUCCCGUGUACACAAGUCUGAAUCGUCUCAUCAGUCAGGUUGUAUCCAGCAUCACAGCCUCGCUGAGAUUUGGUGGAGCAUUGAACGUAGAUAUGAACGAAUUCCAGACGAACCUGGUACCGUUUCCCAGGAUACACUUCCCGUUGGCAUCGUUCUCACCGAUAAUUCCUAUUGAGAGGGCAAACCACGCCUCGAUGAACGUAUCCGACCUAACCUGGCAGUUGUUUGAGCCUGCAAAUCAGCUGGUACGGUGUGACCUGAGCUCCGGCAAAUACAUGGGCUGCUGUAUGCUGUUCCGGGGGGACGUUGUGCCGAAGGAUAUUAACGCCGCAGUUGCUGCUAUCAAGAACAGCCGAUCGCUUCGUUUCGUCGACUGGUGCCCCACUGGGUUUAAAAUUGGCAUCAACCGUAAGCGCCCGAUUAUGAUUCCCGACGGAGAUCUGGCACCCGUCACCCGAGGAAUAUCGAUGCUUGCUUCCAACACUGCUAUUGUGGAAGCGUGGCAAAAGUUGGACUUUAAGUUCGAUCUUAUGUACUCGAAGAAAGCCUUCGUGCACUGGUACGUGAACGAAGGCAUGGAAGAGGAGCUGUUUGCGGAAGCGCGGGAAGAUUUGGCCGCACUGGAGAUGGAUUAUCACGUGGCGGAAAAAGAAGGCGGAGAUCAGCUUUCGCCAACGAACUCAUCAGAUACUGAAUUUUGACUCGAAAUCAACAGUGAAAUAGUGGACAACUUUUGUUGUUCAAUGUUUAUUAUUGCCGAAAAUAUAUAAAAGAAAUAUUUAUUCUAAACCAAA